GAAAUCAGAUGGACAAGUUUUGAUGCGAAGCAGCAGCUUAGGGCAAGCUCAGGUUUCCUGGAGGUUUGCUAUAUUUAUCUCUGUGAUUUAAUGCCCGCACAGGGUUUAAAUGCCACCAAGCAGUUGGUGUGAGAGGCCUGCGUUUCACUCCCUAACACAAGCUCUGCCUUGCCAGACGCUCACCAUGGAACUGCUAGAGACCAACCCAUACUUUUUCACAGACCAACGGUUUUAUGAUGGGGAGAACUACCUGAGUCCUCGCUUACACGGCUAUGAGCAGGCAGCUUACCAAGACAGAGCAGCUGUGAACCUGUGUCCUGAGGGUAGGGCUGGGAUAGAGGAGAAGGUCUCCUCAGUCCUACCAGACCACAGUCCUGGACAGUGCCUGCCUUGGGCGUGCAAAGUAUGUAAGAGGAAAAGUGUCUCCAUUGACAGGCGCCGUGCUGCCACCCUGAGGGAAAAGCGCCGGCUGAAAAAAGUCAACGAGGCCUUUGAAGCUCUGAAACGGAGCACUUUACUGAACCCAAACCAGCGGCUUCCCAAAGUGGAGAUUCUGCGUAGUGCCAUCCAAUACAUUGAACGCUUACAAGCUCUGCUCAGUACCCUGAACCAACAGGAGCGGGACCAGAGGGAACUGCGCUACUGUAACACCAACAACCAGCCAGUGGUGGCUAGUGACCAUGGACCCAGCAGCACUUCAUGUAGUCCAGAGUGGAGCACCCAGCUGGAGUUCAAUGCUCAUCCUGGAGAUCAUUUGCUGAAUGAUGAUUCUUCUGAAGACCGUAAUCUUCAUUCACUGUCUUCGAUUGUUGACAGCAUUGCUGUGGAUGAUGUCUUCCAAGAGGAGAGGUCUCAGAACUGAAGAUGCAGAAAACACCCACUUUGCCAUCUUUUUCAAACCAUCACCAGCAGAUUAUAGGGUAGAAGACACAUGACAACUAGGACUUUACGGUUAGAAGUUGCUCUCCUUACUAACACUGGAAGAUGUUCCUAAUGGGGAAAGCUCUCCUUCCCAACUAACAUUGGAUGUUAUUUUAUUUCCAAAGCCAGUCACAGUCUUUAAUCAGUGAAGCCACUUAUUCAAUUCCAUAUGCCUUAAAAAAUGGUUCUAGACUCACAUCCCAUCCUGUAAAUCAGAACCAAACUAGUGAGAAAGAUGCAUAAUGAUCUGGAAAUCAUUAAAUAUCUGCCUAGUUUCCAGAAAGGCAGAGUACUGUAAUUCCCUAGAGAAACAGAUCCAACCUACUCUGGAUACGUAUUAGGUUGCAUUUAGUUCAUGAAAAGCAUCCUAAUGCAUUAUUGAGAACACUUAUGGAGGGUGAGAGAAGGGACACCACUUUUAUAUGUUAAGGAAGGAUUCCAGUGUGGCUUUUUUUUCUUACCUGGUUUUUUUAAGUUUUGUGUCUUUUGGGGGCCAAUGGUUAUUAUUAUUAUUAUUAUUAUUAUUAUUAUUAUUAUUAUUAUUAUUUUGUGUGUGUGCAAGUGUGUGUGUGUUUUCUUUGAAAGAUGCUGUUUGACCAACUUCUUUUGGCAGUCUGCAAUUUCCAGGCAAAGAAGCCACAUAAAGUGCUGCCAGUGAAGUCUUUUCUACUGUGUGGAAUUGAAUUUUUUUGUAUUUUUU